AUGUUUUCAAAACAUGCGGAAACAGUGUUUUUUGUGCAUUAUACGUCAAGACAAGAUGAUGACGAUGACAAUUUACAUGGAAGUACACCUUCAAAUACCAAAAUUGGAAGCACAGAAAUUUUAAUUCAACCCCGUUGGCCAACUCGUUGUUUCGCUUUUGAAAUUGUUCAACGACUUUUGGGUGUUUGUGACACAGACAAGGCACAUUUGGAUUUGGCACUAGCAAAAGAAUUGAAACAGAUGAAUAUUGAAGAUGGAGAAUCAACUACAAAUAAAAAAGCUGGAGAUUACCUAGUUUUGCAUCUUUCUGAUCUUGUUCGAAUGGGAUUUAUGGGUGCAACUAGUGAGAAUUUUCAUUUACAAAUGGCUGGAUUAAAUUGUCUACAAAGCAUAAUUAGUAAAUUUUCCAAAGUAGCUGAGCCAGAAUUUCCCGGUCAUUUAUUGCUUGAACAAUUCCAAGCUCAGAUUGGAGCAGCACUUCGUCCCGCUUUUUCUCCCGAAACUCCCCCAAAUGUUACUGCUUUUGCCUGUCAAGUAGCGGGUACUUGGCUAUGUUCUGGUGUUGCUAGAGAUUUGAAUGAUUUGAGACGUGUUCAUCAAUUAUUAGCUUCUUCUUUAGAUAAAUUGCCUAAAAGCAAGUCGUCAGUUGUUGAAAAGCUUGAACAAGAUCAAUCUUUGUCAUCAACUCCUCCAGCAUCUAUACAACUUUACAAUGAGAGUAUUGCAACUUUGGAACAAUUAUCAAUUCUUCGUGCUUGGUCUAAAGUAUAUAUUUGUGCUAUUGAACAAUGGAAGAAGCAGACAAUAUCAAAAGAAGAAUCUUCAUCACAAAAUAAUUCUCUUUUAGUUUUAGUAGAGCCUUCUUUAAAUAUUUUAAUAAAACAUUGGUUUGCUGUUCUUCGAGAUUUUUCAAUUAUUUCAUUACCUCAAAAUAUUUUGGACGAUUUGAAGGAAUCUGGAUUUGAUGGAGGAGGCACUUUUUUCACUGCAGAUAGCAUUGAGUGUUGCAAAGAGCAUUAUUACACUUCUUGGCCAUUAAUUUUACUGGCUUGUUCAGUAUGGAUGCGUUAUGGACAAAAUCCUUCAAAUCCCAAAGAUUAUGCAAUCAACGAAAAGUCUAAUUUUCAUUUAAUUCUUGGAAUUUGUAUGGAUUUUUUGUCAAAUAAUUCCAAAAGAGAAGAUGAAAGACCUAUUCAACUUUGUCUUUCUUCAAUAGAAAAUUUAUUGGAAUGUGAAAAAUUACAGUUAGAAUUGAUGUCUGAUGUUAGAAUGCCUAUUGAACUUUUGAAUGUGCUUUACAAAUUAAUCUUAACUCUGGACAGUAUGCAAACACAACACCUUUUAGUUAGAAUAAUUUCAGCAAUUUUAAAAGCAGCAAAGCUUGUAAUAGAAUUAAAUAAAAAUGAGGAAGAACAUUAUCAAAAUCAUCAAAAUAAUAAUAGACAACUCGAAAACGGACAUCUUCUAACUUCAAAUAAAUCUUUUAAGGGUGGCGAAGGAGUUGGGGGAAUUUUUGAUCCAUCAAAUUCUUUAGUUUUUGCGUUGCUUGAAUCAAUUAUGUGUAUACUUGCUCGACAGAUUCCUCAAGUUAAUUUACCUCAAGCUAAAGUUCGCAUUUUGACACCCUUGCAAACAAGAAAGUGUGGACAUCUUUCUACUGAAAGUGAUGAAUUAAUUCAUUCUACAGUGGAUUUACUUCCUCAAUUGACUUCUUUUUGUUGUACAGAUGGUUUAAUGGUUAUUUUACCUUCGCUACUCAAUUUAUUGUUUGGCAUUCUUCGAGAAUGUUCUUCUCAAGAAGAUGAUAAUCAACAACAAUCCAAAGCUAUUAGUUCUGCUAUUUUGGCAUUAAAGAAACUUUGUUCUGAAUGUCCUCAUCCAACAAAAGAACAAAAAUUAUUUGAAGCAUGGGAGUCGAUAAUUCGAAGUGGCCUUCUCUCUCUGCUUAAUUUUGCUAAUGAAUCGCAUCAAUCUGGCCAUAAAGAACAACAAUUAACCUUACUAUUAUCCGCUGCCGUUAUUUUGUCUUCUGCCUCUACAGCAAAACCAAAAACAGUUAAAAAUGGGGAGGAAGAAGGAGAAGAACUAUCAACAACAACAUUUUGUGUUGAUCAAAAUUUGUUUGAAAAAUUUUGUUUGGCGCAAAGAGAAGCCCUUAUUAAUAAUGAUGAAGGAGAAAAAGGAGAAGAAAAACAACGCAUAAUAAUUUUGAAAAGAUUUAUUCUAAAUUUAUGUCAACAAAUUAGUGUUGACAAAACAGACACUUGA